AUGGGAAACAGAGAUUAUGAUCAUGAUCAGUACAGUCUUCCGCGAGUUGAGAUUCCACCACCAAAGCCACUUUUGACGGCUGUGAAGUUGUCACUGAAAGAGACUCUCUUUCACGACGACCCUUUACGAAGAUUUAAGAAUCAACCCGCAUCCAAAAAAGCAAUUCUAGGUUUGCAAUACGUCUUUUCGAUCCUCGAGUGGGCUCCUCGUUACAAGUUAGACUAUCUCAGGUCUGAUAUUAUCGCCGGAGUCACCAUUUCUACCCUGGCAGUUCCUCAGGGGAUAAGCUAUGCGAGGUUGGCAAACCUGCCCCCAAUCGUUGGUAUAUAUAUGAGUUUUGUACCUCCACUUGUGUACGCAGUUCUUGGAACCUCAAGGCAUGUUGCAAUCGGACCAGUGGCUGUUUCAUUGGUUGUGUUAGCUAAUAUCGUGUCGGAGGAAGUUAACCCUACUGAAAACCCUAAACUCUAUCUCCAGAUGGCUCUCACCUCUACCUUUUUUGCUGGACUCUUUCAGGCUUGCCUUGGCUUCUUAAGACUUGGUUUUGUCGUGGACUUUCUUUCUCAUGCAACAAUAAUGGGUUUCAUGGGUGGAUCAGCCAUUAGUGUGAUUUCUCAACAGCUUAAACCGCUGUUAGGGAUAACGCAUGUCACUGGAGGAUCGGAUCCUGUCUCUAUCUUCAUAUCCAUCUUUACUCAUUUCCAUGAGUGGAAAUGGGAACCCGCUGUGAUCGGAUGUGGUUUCCUCUUUUAUCUCUUCCUUUCCAGAAACCUUAGCAUGAAAAUACCAUCUCUCUUUUGGAUAAGUGCACUGUCACCAUUGUUCUGCGUGAUCGUGGGGAGCCUUCUGGUUUUCCUAACCCCAGUUGAAAAACAUAACAUUCAAGCGAUCGGACACCUUCCCAAAGGAUUGAACCCUGUAACCAUAUCUGACUUGAGCACAGUUUUUAAGUCACGCCAUCUUGUUGCCUCUAUAAAAGCUGGAUUAAUUUCUGGCAUUAUUGGCAUUGCUGAAGGAAUAUCUGGUGGAAGAAGCUUUGCCACACUCGAGCACUAUCACGUUGACGGAAGCAAAGAAAUGAUUGCUUUUGGAAUGAUGAACAUAAUAGGCUCCUGCACUGGUUGCCCCUUGGCAUCAGUAAUAUUUUCAAGAACUGCGGUAAACUACAAUGCCGGAGCCAAGACUCAAGUCUCACCCAUAGUCAUGGCGAUUAUAAUGUUGUUGACACUGUUAUUUUUGACACCAGUGUUCCAAUACACACCAGUCGUUGUCCUCUGCUCCAUUAUAAUAGUGGCAAUGUAUAGCGUGGUGGACAUCCCAGGUGCCAUCAAUCUCUGGAAGAUAGAUAAGAUCGACUUCAUGGUAUGCAUGGGUGCAUGUCUGGGUGUUGGUUUUGGAACUGUCCAGAUUGGUCUAUCCAUUGCGGUUGUAAUUUCUUUGCUACGAGUAAUUCUUUUCAUAACAAGACCCAGGACUCUCAAUCUAGGCAAAAUUCCAAACACGUCGGUUUAUAGAAGCAUUGACCAAUAUUCAAACGCAACACUUGUUCCAGGGAUUCUCAUUCUUCAGAUCGAUUCACCCAUAUACUUUGCAAAUGCUCACUAUUUGAGGGAAAGGAUCUCAAGAUGGAUAUAUGAAGAGGAAGAUAGGAUAAAGGCUUAUGGAGAAACAAGCCUGCAAUACGUUAUACUAGACAUUAGUAAUGUUGGAGGAAUUGAUACGAGUGGGAUCAGCAUGCUAGAAGAAGUUAAAAAAAAAUUAGACAGAAAUAGUAUGAAGCUUGUACUGGCAAACCCAAGAAGCGAAGUGAUUAAGAAGCUGGAUUUGUCAAAGUUCAUUGAUAAAAUAGGUCAGGAUUGGAUAUUUGUUACAGUGGCCGACGCUGUAAAAGCAUGUAAGCUGCGUAGUAGCGACCCCAGUCCAGCAGAAGACUCAGAGUGCUAG